CGCUCGUGAGAAUACUUACUACUCCCUCUCUUGAGCAUCCAGAGACCACAGCAGGACUCCGAGAACACUCUUCGCUGACACCAUGAAGUUCCAGGCUUGCUUUGUCCUCGCUGUGCUGGUGGCGUUCGCUUCAGCCGAGGAGCCCAGCAAGAACAAGAGGAACGCGUAUGGCUACGCCGGCAUUCCCGCCAGCGGCUACUCAGGGCUUGGCUACUCGGGCUACUCAGGCCUGGGCACCUCAGGGCUUGGCUACUCGGGCUACUCAGGCCUGGGCAACUCAGGACUCGGCUACUCCGCUCUGGGCUACUCCGGGGUCGGCUACCCCAGCUCUGGCUACUCCGCUGCGGCCUACCCCUCGUACGGCUACUCCGGCGCAGGCUACCCCUCGUACGGCUACUCCGGCGCAGGCUACCCCUCGCACGGGUACUCUGGCGCAGUGUCUGGGUACCCCUACGGGCACUCCACCUACUAAAACCGCUACCGGCCGUUGCUCAGACUGUGAUACUUUGUUCACCAGGGAUGCACCAUGUAAUUCAUUUCGACUUCAACUGAAUAAUGUUUAGGCAUUGAGAUGCUAGAAACACACUAGACACCACUGGUUAUGUACAGUUUCUUGUGACAAAUAAACCAUCAUAUCUCA